AGCCCCAGCUCGCCAGCACACCUGGGCACACAGAAGCCCGUGCCAGGCCCCAGCUGGUACCACAGCCCAGGAAUCUUGGCAGCUGGUGCCUGAGGAGCCUCCCCUGCAGCAGCUCAGCUCGCUCUGUCCUCUGAUAAGAUUCUAAGGGCCCUGAGCUGGGUCAAGCCUUGUGGAGACACAGGGCUGUUCCUGGAGGCUGUGCCCAGUCGUGCCAGGCUCAGCUGGGAUGCUGAGACAUGACCUAAAGAGGUGCCUGAAUGACCCCCUGGAUCCUCACUUCCCUGCACAGCUGGAGAGCUACAUCCAGAGCAGCAUGAAGCCGGAGAUGGCAGAGCUGCAGCAGACGGCAGUGCAGAACCAGACCGCCACCAUGCUGGAGAUCGGCAGCUCCCUCCUCAACCGCAGCGCCGAGCAGAGCCGCAAGCUCACCGACGUGGAGGCCCAGGUGCUGAAUCAGACAUGGCGCAUCGAGAUGCAGCUCCAGGAGAAUUCCCUGUCCACCACCAAGCUGGAGAAGCAGCUGCUGCUGCAGACCAAUGAGAUCCACAAGCUGCAGAACAGAAACAACAUCCUGGAGGUGCGGGUGCUGGAGAUGGAAGCGAAGCAGCAGGCGGAGCUGGCGGGGGCCCACUCAGAGAAGGAGAAGCUGCAGCGGCUGCUGAGCCGGCAGAGCGGCACCAUCGAGGAGAUGGAAAAGACGCUGCUGGCUGCCAGUGCCAACACCAGCCUGCUCCAGCGCCAGCAGCUCCAGCUCCUCCAGUCUGUCCAGAGCCUGGUGCGCCUCGUCUCCCAGGGCAGAGCCAUGUCACCUGGGCAGGAGCAGCAAUUCCAGGACUGUGCCGAGAUGCGCCGGGCAGGCAUCCAUGCCAGUGGCAUCUACACACUGCACAUUGCCAACCUCAGCGAGCCCAAAAAGGCAUACUGUGACAUGGAGACAGAUCGAGGGGGCUGGACCAUCAUCCAGCUUCGUGCCAACGGCAGCCUUAGCUUCCAGAGGAGCUGGAGGGAGUACAAGCAGGGCUUUGGGGACGCGUCGGGGGAAUACUGGCUGGGGAAUGAAGCUGUGCACCUGCUGACGAGCCGGGUGCCCUAUGCCCUGCGGGUCGAGCUGCAGGACUGGGAAGGCGGCCAGGUGUAUGCCCACUACGGGAAAUUCCAGCUGGGCAGUGAGCGGCAGUUUUACAGGCUGUCACUGCAGGACUACAGUGGCACAGCUGGGCAUCAGAGUGGCCUGGCACUGCAGGGCACCCAAUUCAGCACCCGUGACGCCGACAAUGACAACUGUCUCUGCAAGUGUGCCCAGAUGCUCUCGGGAGGAUGGUGGUUUGAUGCCUGUGGCCUCUCCAACCUGAAUGGCAUCUACUAUCCGGCCCGGAACAACAUCCGCAAGCUCAACGGCAUCCGCUGGCACCACUUCCAGGGGCCCAGCUACUCCCUGAAGGGCACCCGCAUGAUGAUCCGACCCAGCAGCUUCUAAUGUGCCUGCAGCCAGUGCCAGCACUGAGAGAGGAGUUCGGGACAAGGGAUGGUUGGGGGCGGCUAAGAUGCCACAGCUGCUGCAGGGAACUUUUGCCAUGAGUUAUAUUUUUUACUCUUGUUUAUCCCAUUUUUCAGAAGUCUGCAGUGUCACCAUGGCCAUGCUGAAGGAACCGUGGGCAGGGGUGAAGGGUGCUGCAGGAGCUGGAGCUGCAGGAGCUGGAAUGGGACAAAGCCAGACCUGCCAAAGUGGGCUCCAGCAUAUGGAAACUCCCUGAUCUCACCUCAGCUUCUCUCUCCGAAUUUCUGCUGGGUCUCCAGGUUUUGUCUUGGGAACAGGGCUGCAAGACUCCCCCAGUGAUGGGGCUCUGAGAACCCCUGGGACCAUGUGCAUUCAGAGGGAUCCCAGACAUGAUGGAGGGUUUGCCUUUUCACUGGUUUUGGAUAUUGUAAAUCCCCUGCCAUCCCGCUUUGCUGAAGGAUUAGAGGAGCUGGGUGGGAUGGGAAUCCUGAUAAGCACUGGGGCUGGUGGUGUCCCUCCUUCCCCUUUUGUCAGACACAGCCAUGCAGAGGGCCACAGGCUGUCUCCUUCCAAGCAUGGCUGGAGCCACUGUCCCCAUUUAUGGCAGGACAGUCCCUGCUCCUCACAGGAUGGAGCUGAGUUUCUCCAGCUCUCAGAGAGGACAGGAAGCGCAGGGGAUGUCCUUGGGGACCUUCAUGGGGACCAGUCCUGGGAUGGCCAGUGGCCCAUUUCUGCAAGGCGCUGGGAGCAGACACAGCACUGGCAGGGCCCUAGGCAAGAAGGGGCUGGGGGGUCGUGGGUGGAGAGGGGGCUGUGGGUUGAAGGGGCUGGGAGGUGGGAGGUGGGAGGUGGUGGGUGCUGGCACCAACACCGGCUGUGCACACAGCACAGGGGGGGCUCCUGCUGCCUGCCCUCAUCACUGUCCCGAGGCACCCGCUAAUUAACGCUGAUUAAAGCACGUGAUGUUGUUGGCGCUUCCAGAAGAUGCUCAUCAGUGGGGAAUAAUUAAAAAAUGGAAAACACA